UCGGCUGUUCGAGUCCGUAUGAAGUUGAUCAUCAAUAUUAACUUCUUUUCUCGAUCAGCCUAGAUAGCUGUGUAGUGUCGGUAGCGAUUGUCUCAAUUGGCUAAGAAUAACACUACGGACCGCCUGUUCCGGUGGUAAGAAUCCAUCAACAGGUGACCCCUAAUUCAUGGUGUGAUGCGGCUUCAUGCUUACCGUGCCUAGGAAUGAAUGGCUAGGGGGGUCUAAUAAAAACCUAACCGCUAACGGAGCCUGUGGAGUACCAGGGCGCCCUCCACAGUAUGUAGCCCUUACUGCGCUAACCGGAGCAAUGGUGCAGUGGACCUUGUGUUUCUCCGAGACAAUCAGCUGCCCUUCUUUAGUCUCACUUGAGGCUAAAUAAGGGCGGGAUUAUGAAGAUGUUGUUAAUUAGUUUAAAUUUUCACCUAUAUGGUUUCGCAUUAUGCGAUUUACACAGUGUAUUCUGUGUAUCCUCGCCUUUGGCGUUUUCCAAUCGAUACCGAUUUGGUUUUAUUGUUGCUGUUCUUUGUUGUGCUGCUGUUGCGAAGAGUUUAAUCUUACCUAGUUUGGGUAGUGGCUACGGUUAGGAUAGCUCAGAUCAAUCUUCAGCAUAAAAGAACAGCAACGAUCAAUCUUUGCAGACUUAUGCAAAAUGGUACAGCCCAAGUGGCCUUGGUACAAGAACCUUACUUUCGUAAGGGAAAUUUCUAUCUAGGAAACCUUGUGAACCCGGUGUUUGCCACUUUCAGUAAACAUGAAAUGGCAAACUCGCGUGUCAUGCCUCGAGCCUGUGUGCUUGUCAACAACGCAAUAGUUGCUACACUCAUCUCUGAACUAACCACCAGAGAUGUAUGUGCUAUCACAAUUGAUGUAUCUGUUGGAAACCUCAACAGGAAAUACGUCUAUUGUUCUGUGUAUUUACCACAUGAUAAACCAUCCCCUACGGAUGCUUUCAAACAAGUCAUCGCAUACUGCACUUCAAAAGGCCUUCCGCUAAUUGUUGGCAGUGAUGCUAAUGCUCACCAUAUCAUCUGGGGCAGCUCAGACAUUAACUUGAGAGGCUCCAGUUUGAUGGAGUACUUAAGUAGUACAGAUCUUGCAUUACUUAACAUAGGCAACCGCCCAACCUUUAUGGUAUCUGCUAGAGAGGAAGUGUUAGAUAUAACGCUUUGCUCUAGCAGAAUUAGUCACGAGCUGACCAAUUGGCAUGUGUCAGAUGAAGAAUCUUUAUCUGACCAUCGCUAUAUCUUUUUUGAACAUUUAAAUGUUACUUCGCAAACAUUGCGUUUCAGGAAUCCUCGGUCAACAAACUGGGAUCUUUAUACUGAUUUGGUUGCAGCCAAAUUUCAUGGAUAUUCACCAUCCAUUGACACUCCAAGUGAUUUAGAUGAUGCCGUUGAUACUACAACGACCUUCAUCAUGGAAGCUUUUGAAGAAGCAUGCCCUCUACGGUCUGUGAAGAUCACAAGAGGAACCCCUUGGUGGAACUCUGAUCUGGCGAAACUCAGGAAACAAUGUAGAAAGAGUUGGAACAGACGACGUUCGGCUGGUUCGGAGGCUUUCAGGUCGGCUCGCAAGGCCUACAGGAAAGCUCUCCGGUCUGCUGAACGAUCCGGCUGGAAAAACCUUUGUACAAAUGUUUCCAGCUUGAGUGAAGUCAGUCGGUUAAACAAAAUCCUUGCGAAAUCUAAGGAUUUCCGGGUGAACGAACUUCGUUUGCCAAAUGGCGAUCUGACUUCCUCUGAUGAGGAAGUUUUGGAAUGCUUAUUCAGCACACACUUCCCUGGAUGUGUGGAUAUUACAUCUUCGGAUGAUCCUGAUGUCUUUUCUUGUAGUUAUGAUUCUUUAGCUUCGGCUCGGAGUAUUGUAACUAUAGAAUCGAUUGAGUGGGCUCUUAAUAGCUUUGCUCCUUUCAAAUCUCCUGGGGCAGAUGGGAUUUAUCCUAUUUUGCUUCAGAAGGGAUUUGAUUAUUUCAAACAUGUUUUGAAAAUGUAACCUUUCUAAGUGUUCUUUAAUAGUACUAAAAGGGCCAACACUUAGACCGACUAAUUGUGCGAACACGUUCUACUAAAUUCUCACCAAUCUAUGCGAUCAAAGAGGAAAGGUUAUCAAUUUCCUGUGACUUAAGCGCCACUCUUCGAAAAGAGGCCACAGGAACAAAUUCGUCCGGCCAGAGACUUUUUCCUUAGGGCGGGUCUGGUUUUCCCAAUCUCAUUCGAAUCGCACUUACCUGGGUUGAAAAUAAGAAACUAUACUCUAAAUUCAAUUAGUUCGCUUCUAAAUUAGCCCGAACUCAUCUGCUCGAAAAAUUCGAGGUAGUGGAGGCGCAAUAAAUUAAUUCAAAAAACUCGAGCAGUUCAAUCUACUCUAUCCAACAUCCACGUUUAUUGAAUAUUCGGAUUUCGAAGUGGUUUUAUUCAAAUCUAACUUUCUCCAAAUUCAGUUAAAUUUAAAAUAUCGAUUUAUCCUACUCUCGAUCGCGAAGCAAAUAUUGUGAGCUUCCGGCGAUCAAAUCGUUUUGGCGCCAAAAUCAUCUACUCUACACGUUUUUUUCUUCGAGCUCUAGGGCACUAGCUUACGGUUUUCGGAUCCUCCGUUCGUCACGCAGGAGAGUUGAGCUGCGACGAGACAUACAGAGGUUACUUCGAUUCGGCGGUCGUGUCCUACUUCGCCGGAUGGCCGCACCGCGUGGCUUGCGUAUCUGAAUUGCCACUCCCGCGGGGUAGAGUUGUCCCCUGGCGGAUACUGGCGGCUUGCCAACCAACGGAAAUGCUUUAGGUGCCGAAUCGUCGAGUCCCAAACUUGCACCCACUUUGGAAUGGGGUUUCUCCUGACUCAAUCCUUGAAGGCUCACAAUACAAAAACUCAGGAUAAAAAUGUUGAGACCGAACCGCGUACAAAUUCAACUGCAAAUAACUACCGCACACGACACGAGGAAAUUUAAACUGCUAGAAUUUUAGAAUACGUCUGAACAGACUAAAGCUUCCACCAAGAAUGAGAACAAUCGAUGCAGAUUAGUUCGGGUGAAGCGGUAUUGUCUCAAGAAAAAAAAUCUGGUCUUUUAUCCAAAUUUAACUACGCAGUUUAAAUAUCAUUGUCCCACCUAAUUUGCAUAGCAAAAGUAUUUAAACCGCUCGACCUUGAUUAGCUUGCUGCAAUUCGUGGGAGUGAAAUGGGAAAACGAGAUUCGCCGUAAUGUAGAUAAUCCAUAAAAAUUCUAGUCGAGUAAUUCAGGAAAUCUACAUUUAGGAGUCGGUAGCUUUUCGAAGUAUGUGAAAAUGAUCUAAUCCAAGGGUAUUAUAAAAUGAGGUGAGAUAAUUCAUGUUUUAUCGUUACAUAUUCGCCGAUGCUAAAUUUUAAAAAUUUUGAAAUUUAAAAAAAAUUUCAAAAUUUUUAAACUGUAAAUUUUGUAAAAUUAUAUUAUAGAAAUUUCGCGUAUCAGCCGACAAUACACAUUUACUUGGACCUAUAAACUAUUUCAGAAUUUGCUUUUUGACACCAGAAAUAUCUGGUCAUUAAUGUAUUCUACAAACAAAUGCAAUUGACAACAGAAAAUUCUGUUCAUGAAAUUUUACCAAAUUGGGUUUACUUCAGACAUAUCUGAAAAUUGUGUUAUUUUUUUCUAAACCAAUGAGCUAACUUCCAAAAUUUUGGAAAAAUUCCGAAAACAAGAUUGUUUUCUUCUCUGAUCAAUCUUCAAUAUACACAAAAAAAUACAAAAUAAACGACAUUAAACUAACCUACCUACUGUUCUAACUACCUUGGAUGCCCAACUGGCAUUCCAAUAAGAAUCAGAGAACUGUCAGAUGGCAGAAAAAAAAGGGAAAACGAAAACAAUCUACUCAAACUACGGACCUCGAUUUGCAAACGAUGUGAGAAAAUGAUUUAGUUUUGAGAAAAUCUACGGGUAAAUUAUGAUAAACGAGGUACUAUUUGCAAGAACAGGACUAGGAAACAUGGAAAUAUUGGUUGUGUGACUGAACAUCGCUUAUGUAUUUGGUUUACAGGUUGUGACGCUGACAAUUACUACAGCAAACCUCUUUCUAUGGACAAGACGAUUCAUUGCUAAAGUUCAGCCCUUUCACGAACCGAAAUUCGGAAGAAGCAAGGAAUGCCUGCCUACAUGGAUUGAUGUUUCUC